AUGAACAAGCUUUACAUCGGCAACCUCAACGAGAGCGUGACUCCAGCCGACUUGGAGAAAGUAUUUGCGGAGCACAAGAUCUCCUACAGCGGCCAGUUCUUGGUCAAAUCCGGCUACGCCUUCGUGGACUGCCCUGACGAGCACUGGGCGAUGAAGGCCAUCGAAACUUUCUCGGGGAAAGUGGAACUACAAGGAAAACGACUAGAGAUUGAACACUCGGUCCCAAAAAAACAAAGGAGUCGGAAAAUUCAGAUCCGAAAUAUUCCACCUCAGCUCCGAUGGGAAGUGCUGGACAGCCUGCUGGCCCAGUACGGUACGGUGGAGAACUGUGAACAAGUGAACACAGAAAGUGAGACGGCAGUGGUCAACGUCACCUACUCAAACCGGGAGCAGACCAGGCAAGCCAUUAUGAAACUAAACGGCCAUCAACUGGAGAACCAUGCCCUGAAAGUCUCAUACAUACCUGAUGAGCAGAUAGCACAGGGCCCUGAGAAUGGGCGCCGUGGAGGCUUUGGCUCUCGGGGCCAGCCCCGGCAAGGAUCACCACUGGCAGCAGGCGCUCCGGCCAAGCAGCAGCAAGUUGACAUCCCCCUCCGACUCUUGGUGCCCACGCAGUACGUAGGCGCUAUCAUUGGCAAGGAGGGCGCCACCAUCCGCAACAUUACAAAACAGACUCAGUCCAAGAUAGACGUUCAUAGGAAGGAGAACGCGGGGGCCGCCGAGAAGGCCAUCAGUGUGCAUUCAACUCCUGAAGGCUGCUCCUCGGCCUGUAAGAUGAUCCUGGAGAUAAUGCACAAGGAGGCAAAGGACACCAAGACGGCAGAUGAGGUUCCCCUGAAGAUCCUGGCCCAUAAUAACUUUGUGGGGCGACUCAUUGGCAAGGAAGGCAGGAACUUGAAGAAGGUGGAGCAAGACACAGAAACAAAGAUCACCAUCUCAUCGCUCCAGGAUCUCACCCUGUAUAACCCUGAGAGGACCAUCACUGUGAAGGGGGCCAUUGAGAACUGCUGCAGGGCCGAGCAGGAGAUCAUGAAGAAAGUUCGAGAGGCCUACGAGAACGAUGUCGCGGCCAUGAGUUUGCAGUCCCACCUCAUCCCUGGUCUCAACCUGGCUGCUGUAGGGCUCUUCCCAGCCUCGUCCAGUGCCGUCCCACCACCUCCCAGUAGCGUCACCGGGGCUGCUCCCUAUAGUUCCUUCAUGCAGGCUCCCGAGCAGGAGAUGGUACAGGUGUUCAUCCCUGCCCAGGCUGUGGGUGCCAUCAUCGGCAAGAAGGGACAGCACAUCAAACAGCUCUCGCGGUUCGCCAGUGCCUCUAUCAAGAUAGCUCCACCGGAAACCCCUGACUCCAAAGUUCGAAUGGUUAUCAUCACUGGACCCCCAGAGGCUCAGUUCAAGGCUCAGGGAAGAAUCUACGGCAAAUUAAAAGAAGAGAAUUUCUUUGGUCCCAAGGAGGAGGUAAAGCUGGAGACCCACAUACGCGUGCCAGCUUCAGCAGCUGGCCGGGUCAUCGGCAAAGGCGGCAAAACGGUGAAUGAGCUGCAGAACCUGACUGCGGCCGAAGUGGUAGUGCCAAGAGACCAGACCCCGGAUGAGAACGACCAAGUCAUUGUUAAGAUCAUUGGGCAUUUCUAUGCCAGUCAGAUGGCUCAGCGGAAGAUCCGAGACAUCCUGGCUCAGGUUAAGCAACAGCACCAGAAGGGACAGAGCAACCAGGCCCAGGCACGGAGGAAGUGA